GUUGUUUUACUAUUUAUAACAUAACAAAACGCUUCAAAGAGGAAACAAAUCUUAAGAGCCGAGAUCAUACGGGAAGACCUCGCAAAUUGACCCUCAGUGAUGAACGCCAUCUAAUAAGAAAAAUAAAAUGAAUCAAAAAUUACAUCAACGCAAGUGGUAGCAGAAGUACUUGAAGGGAUUAAUAAAGAAAUCCGUCCGAAAACAGUUCGCAGGGCUUUGAAACGUGCCGGGUAUGGCUUGCGAAUGGCUCGAAGGAAACCACUCAUCAGGAAGAAAACCACUCAUCAAUUCGGCGAAUAAAGUACGAGAGACAUUCUUAUAAAUACCAACUAACCGUCUGAGCAAGGACUAUUAUUGUCAGAAAGAUCUAUCAGGACGAACCAGUAGAAGCAGCUCGAAGUACUAUUUGUAAAAUUUUAUUAAUAUUAUCUCAAGUAAUGUUUGGCGAAAUAUGGAUAAUAAACAAUUGCCCACUUCAUCAUGUAAAAAUGAGCAAAACAAAGAGGUGUUUAUGGCUUGUACGCAGAAUGUCAUUGAGCAAAAAUGUGCUAAGCUUGAACAAGAUAAUUUUUACCUUUCUGAAAAAGUAAAUGAAAUGAAUAUUAGCGACAAAGAAAAUAAGCAAAAAAUUACUGGACUUAAGCAAUAUAAUUUUUACCUUAAUAAAAAACUGAGUGAAAUGAUUAUAAUCAACAAAGAAAGUAAACAAAAUUAUGCUGAGCUUGAGCAAAAUAAUUUUUUCCUUGUUAAAAAACUGCAUGAAAUGAGUAUUAUAAACAAAGAAAGUAAACAAAAUUAUGCUGAGCUUAAACAAAAUAAUGCUGAGCUUAAGCAAAAUAAUAUUUACCUUAAUAAAGAACUGAGUGAAAUGAUUUUUAGCUACAAAGAAUGUGAGCAAAAAGUUGCUGAGCUUGAAAAACAACUAAACGACCAAACAAAAGUGAUACUGAAAUUGAAGAAUAAGGAUAGGCGUAGUAAGCAGCAACAUUAUUUCCCACAACAGCGUCAUUCCCAGCAGGAGGAUAACUUCCACCAACAAGACACGCCACCUCAAAUGCAGUCAUAUCAUGUGCUAAGUCCAAAAAAUACUCAGCAACGCGAAGAGGUCACUUGCCUGCAUAGCGACCUGCAAGGACAACCGGAACAACACCUGGAGCCCAAUAAUACGCACGUUCAGUAUAUGGCACAAAAAGUGCAUGGAGAUAUACAGGCAUCACCUCAAAAAUACCAUACUGUUCCAGCAAACUCGAAUAUGGGCGAAAACAUCGCAGAAGUGACAGAACCGCGCAUUAUAAAUUCUGAAACAAUCAUCAAUAAUCAAACAAACUCAAUGGCCCGAAAGAAAUCGCGAGCUUUAAAAAAACAACCACAUGAGAAAGUGCGAGAUGAAAAUAUUCUAAAGGAUAUUAUAUUUACGGUCGCAACUAGGAGUGGAGUGUCUGAAGAGGAAGUUCGUAAUACUAUUGCAACAAUUCGUGCCGAAGAGGAAACACCGCGCCAUGCAAAUUGUACAAACGACGGACAUCCAGAAAUAGGAGAGGCUUUUCAGGGAAAUAAUCUAGACUUGCUUUGCUCCGUAGCUGCCGGAGACAUGGCGAUAUAUUUUCCGGACGAACAGAAACGGAAAGCAAAUGUUAUGGAAUAUGAGAGUGAUACAGAGCAAAAUGGUUCACAGGAGCACGUAAGAGUUCAACCACAUUCAAAAAGGGCAGUCGCUACAAAACGGCCCACUCCUCAAAGUAGUAAGCGUAGAUGCAGAUGGAUAAGACCUGGACUAUCCCAAGAAGUGUCACAGUGCCCACUCCAACCAUUGCAAAUAGAUGCCAAUAACACAAAUGACAAAGUGGCUUACGUAUCGAUUGGUCCUAACAAAACUCUCGUACCACAAAAAUAUUACGAAUCAAUUGAUUUUACUAAUGCUUCAGUGGCAACUCGAAAACUAUUAGUGAUCUGUUUUGAUCGUGAAACAUUAGCUACGCACUCAUUGACCGGAAGGAGAUCGCCCGCUUUUAAAGACAAACCACUUAAAGAAGCGCUAGAUCCCCUAAUUGUAGACGAUAUUAUAUUUGCGGUCACAACUAGGAGUGGAGUGUCUGCAAAGGAAGUACGUGCUGCCAUAACCACAAAAUGCGCCGACGAGAACAAAAUGUGGCGAAAGAAACACCCGGAACUUAGCAAAAAAACAGAUAAGGAAAAUGUAGGAAAUUAUACUUUUUAAAAUAUAUGUAAUUGCAAUUAAAGUAUAAUAAAGAUUACUGUACGAGGAACAUUAUA